AUGGACUCUUCCCGCACGGUCACUCCUGUUGCCCCCGCUCGGCGCUCAUUACGCCCCUUUGAGGGCAUGCUCGCCGACGUCAAGGCUCGUGCACCGUAUUAUAUCUCUGACUGGACCGAUGCGUGGACCUAUAGGGUGGUCCCGGCCACGGCUAUGAUAUUCUUUGCCAACAUCCUCCCCGGCAUUGCGUUCUCACUAGACCUGAUAGAGACGACGGACCAAUAUGGCGUUAUCGAAGUGCUCCUUUCGUCGUUCAUGGCGGCUGUUAUAUUUUCAGUCUUUUCCUGUCAGCCACUGUGCAUUGCCGGAGUCACCGGGCCGAUCACUGUCCUCAACAAGACGAUUUACGACAUUCUCAAGACACGAAACGAUGCGCCCGAGUACCUUCAUUUCAUUGGCUGGGUCUACCUAUGGGCCGCAAUAAUGCACUGGAUUGCCGCUGCGCUCAACGCUGCCAAUUUCCUAAGAUAUGUUACAAGAUUUUCGUGCGACACGUUUGGCUUCUACGUUGCUUGGGUGUACCUCCAAUACGGUGUUCAGGUUCUCACUCGCCAACUACCCGUUAUCGACUCAUCAAGUGUCUUCGUAAGCAUCAUUCUUGCGCUUGUGAUGCUCGUCACGGGCCAUUUGUUCGGAAUGCUUGCUCGUUCCGGAUUGGGCCAUCGCUUGGCCAGGAGAUUCUGUGCGGAUUAUGGUAUGCCGAUCUCAGUCGUUGCGUGUAGCGGUUUGGCAUAUUGGGGGCGCUUUAACCUCGCAAACCCACUCACACUCCCAACCUCUGGUGCCUUUUCACCAGCCGGGGGUCGGCCAUGGCUCGUCAAGUUCUGGGAGCUCGAUGGGAAAUGGGUUGGUAUCGCUCUGCCGUUCGGCUUUGCUCUAUUUAUACUCUUUUAUUUUGAUCACAACGUUUCAAGCCUCAUUGCACAAGGAUCUGAAUUCCCAUUACGCAAACCCCCAGGCUUUCAUUGGGACUUCUUCUGGUUGGGCAUCACAACAUUUAUUGCCGGUUUACUCGGCGUUCCUGCGCCCAACGGGCUCAUCCCUCAAGCCCCUAUGCACACAAGCUCCCUUGUCGUAAUGGGGGUCCGACCCAAGGACGAUCCCGAAAAAUCGUCUCUCCAGCUUGGCGUCGCACAAAACUAUGAGCCUGCCGAUUCCCCGACUGAUGCUAGCCCGAACCAAAUGUCGGAAGAAGCUGAUACAAUAGUAGAAGAGCACCCCAUUGGCGUGGUCGAGCAGCGCGUAUCGAACUUGGCGCAGGGAGCAUUGUGUAUUGUCCUGAUGACCGGACCGUUUCAACACGUUCUGGGGCUGGUUCCUAGGGGCGUGUUGGCUGGACUUUUUUGGUUCAUGGGCACCGAUGCUCUCAGGACGAGCGGCGUAACUGAAAAGCUACUUUACCUCAUCCGGGAUCCGUCAUUGAUACCUCGUAGAGAACCGCUUCGACAAGUCCGCCGUUCGCGCGUGGCGCUAUUUGUAGCGAUCGAAUUGCUUGGGUUUGGUGCGACAAUGGCAAUCACACAGACCAUCGCUGCAAUCGGGUUUCCUAUUGUGAUUAUGUUCUUGGUUCCUAUACGAACUUUGAUCAUCCGAGUUACCGUUUACGGACAGGGAAUUAGGUGUAGAUGGACCACGCUUCACCAUUCGUAUGUCUAA